CAGCAACACAUCUGGCAUUUACGGGCACUCGCCAUUACUACCGGAUUCGCGAAAGAGUUGAGGUAGAAAGGCAAGGGUGAAGAAGCUGCGGUCGCGCAGACCCUCCCACCAUGGCUGCGCCAGCUUCGGCUUACAAGGACCGGCAAUUUAUAGCUGUCAUUGGAGAUGAAGACUCAGUGACAGGCCUGCUACUCGCCGGCGUUGGUCACAUCACCGAUCCCCCCGAUUCCCAGAAGAACUUCCUCGUUUGCGAUUCGAAAACCGAGAAAUCUACAAUAGAGCAGGCAUUUAACAGAUUCACAAAGGAGCGCAAGGAUAUUGGCAUUGUGUUGAUCAAUCAACAUCUGGCAGAAAUCAUACGCGAUACUGUCGACAAGUUUCAAGAUCCUUUCCCUGCAGUCCUGGAAAUACCGAGCAAAGAUCAUCCAUACGACCCGGAGAAGGAUAGCGUUCUCCGGAGGGUGCGAAGAUUGUUUGGCGAGUAAACACUCCCAGCUCUACGUGCUCUAGGAGAGUAUCAACAGGUCAAAAAAUCCCGAGGAACAGAAUCAUUCCCAGGUCAUAUCUGAUCUGCUGCCCUAAUUCUGGGAAGCACAUACGGACGUAAGAGCAGCGCCGCGGCCCUGUGGAGGGGUAGUCUGAUAUCUGCACCUGAUGGACGCCUGGAAUGUGCCAUCACAAAGCAUCGACGUUGAACAACUGGGUCUGAGCAUUGAGUGUUGUCCAUUGAUUUUGGCGUCUCUCUGCUCGAUCGACCCUUCCUGGCCUGUUUCUCAAAAGAGAGAGCCCAAUCAAUGCGAACCGAAUUAGCCUUUCAAAGGCGAGAUACAUGAAAUAAAUCUACACAUGAACAUUAGGCCACUGCUGGACGACUAUGUUAGCUUUCAUUCAUCCAAGAG